AUGGCAGGCUGUUGCACUAGAUCUCCUCACAAACAGGAUGGAUGGUGGGCUUGGUUGGUUUGUUUAUGCGCUGUUAUUUCUGUCACGGUUACCAUAGGAAUUUCAAACUGCUUUGCUGUUCCGUUGCCGGUUCUUCUGCUCAAAUUCAAAGAAACAAAGCAAAGACUAGGUUUAACUGAUAUGUUUACAAUUUCAGGAUGGCUUGGCUCCAUGGCGACUAGUGUCACCUUUCUAGCGACUCCGCUUGCCGGCUUCUUUUCMAAACGMUUUGGUUUUAGAGCAACAUCUUUGGUAGGAUGUAUCACGUGUUCCGGUGGGCUUGUCAUGACGUCAUUCUUGAAUAGUGUCCCUCCUAUGUACUUUUCAUAUGGUGUAUUAUACGGCCUUGGGUCGUGUUUUCUCCACACUGGCUCUGUCUUUGCUGUGACAGCGUACUUUAACAAACAACGACCAUUUGCUACUGGAAUACUUAGUAGCGCACAUAGUAUAGGCUUUAUCGCCUUUGGUCCAUUGAUGCAAGUGAUAAUCGACGUAGUUGGCUGGAGAAACAUGUAUAGGAUCAUGGCUGCUUUAUUUGCAUUGCUUAUUGUACUGGUCGUGACUUUUGACCCCAAUGUAAAAAGUGAGACUCUUUCUGAAUCAGAAGAGUUGAUGAGUGAGCAGGAUCUAAACGAAGAUCGAAUGAAAAAGAAAGUCAAAGAGAAAAUUCAGAAGCAAAAGUUCACCCUCGUGUUUUUUAAAGAUCCUGGAUUUAUCAUAGCUGUGAUUUGCUUAACGAUUGGGACAUUUGGAACUGUAGUGUGCUUUGUGCACCUGAUCAAAUACUCCGAGGAAGUUGGAAUUUCAGCUGACAAAGCAGCCAAGCUGUUUAUGAUUAUUGGCAGUUGUUCACUAGUUGCAUCCAUUGCUGCUGGGAAAAUUGCAGAAAUGAAACGUGUUUCUCCAUUCCACGUCAGUCAGUUCGCCUACUUAGUCUUGGGUGCAAGUUUAUUACUGCUAUCGCAGGCAAACGAAUACUUAUACUUUGCUAUAUUUGCCGUGCUAUUUGGACUUGGCUAUGGCGUUUUUUCAGUUUGUGUGUAUUUGCUUCUUAUGGACACAGUGAAGCCCAUUCAUAGGAUCUACGCCUUUCCUAUUGGAGAAAGUGUAACAGCCUGUGGAGCUCUUGUUGGCUCGCCGUUUGCAGGUUUUAUUGCUGAUUGGACUGGUUCUUACGUUCCUGCAUUUUAUACGUUUGCAUCAUUUUUUAUUUUCGCGUUUUUGUUAGUUUUCGUUGUUUACGCUUGUAACUUAGAUAAAACAAAAGAGUAUAGGCAAGCCCUGCAAGAUCUGAAGAUCGAAGAGAGAUUAGAGAUYACCUCGGACAAGAAAGCAGUAUCGAUGGAAACAGUAUCAGAAACUGAGCUUCACAAACCCACUACCAAGUCUAAUAAUAAUAUGGAGAAAAAUAAGUUGUUCAUUUUUCAAUAUUGUUCAGCUAUUUAG